GAAGCCCGCGGCUCCGCCCCAGGCCAGUCUGCGUGAGGAGGUCAGGCGAGCGGCGGCGGUGCGGCCCCGGCGCGGCGAGCGAUGGAGAACGUCACGGCGGAGGCGUCCGCGCCGCCCAUGCACGAGGUGCCGCUGUUCGCCGACUACCCGGCCGGCCUGCUGCAGUUCGCCUCCGCCUUCUGCGUGCUCUACAUCGUGGUGGGCAUUCCCGGCAACGUCAUCACCAUCGCGGCGCUCAGCAGGUAUAAGAAGGGACACAACGCCACGGCCAUCUUCAUCAUAAACCUAAGCGUGACGGACCUGUUGCUGUGCUGUUUCAACCUGCCACUGGCCGCCUCGCUCUUCAUCCAUCAGGCCUGGGUUCACGGCCAGGCUCUCUGCGUUCUGUUUCCCGUCCUUCGCUACGGUCUCAUCGCCGUGUCGCUCUUCACAAUCUUGGCCAUCACAAUCAAUCGCUACGUCAUCAUCGGCCAUCCGGAUGUUUAUAACAGGAUGUACCAGCCCAAGAUACUAGCGCUGAUGAUCACUGCCAUCUGGCUGAGCGCGUUCAUGUUCCUAGUUCCAACCAUGUCCGGAAGGUGGGGGCACUUUGGGCUGGAUUUGAAGAUCGGCAGCUGCACGAUCCUGCCCAACGCCGAUGGCUCAUCUCCGAAGGACUUUCUGUUCGUCAUUGCGUUCCUCCUGCCCGCUGUCGCGUUCUGCGUAUGCUACGCGCGCAUUUUCCUGAUCGUGCGCCGAACGGAGCGCUUAGCCCGCCAGGGGCCAAGGGGCGGCACGCGCCCCCCGCCGGCCAGCCCCGCCGCAGCAGAAACCAGCCUCACCGUGUCAGAGGUCAAGGCCAGUCAUCUGGAGGUGCCGGAGCCGGCCGGCGAGCGCAAACCGAGUCACGGCAGUCAGCUGAUCGUGACGCUAGCCUCGACACUUCGCGAUCGCGGCUCGCCGCGCGCCGCCGGCAGCAUGUCGGCUAAGGACAAGCGCCUGCUCAAGAUGAUCCUGGUCAUCUUCCUAUCCUUCGUGCUCUGCUACCUGCCCAUCACCAUCGUCAAGGUCCUGGGCAAGGAGCUGGACGCCCCGGUCAUCAACGUACUGGGCUACGUGCUCAUCUACCUUACCACGUGCACCAACCCCAUCAUUUACGUAGCGAUGAGCUCCGAGUACCGUAAGGCGUAUCGUCAGCUGCUCUCCUGCGGCCGCCGCCAGACGGCGCUGCCGAGCGCGGCCAACAGGAGCGGCAGCAGGGUCUAGGACGCCGUGGCAGCCCGGUCCGGCGCCGGCAGGGCCCGGUGCGUCGCGGCGCUGCGGCCGUCCCCGCCAGUCCUGAGCAGAGCCCCCUGGAGCCCCGCGCCGGCUGCGAGCGGAGGGCGUUCUGCCGCUUCGGCGACUGGAGCCCCGCGUCGGCCGCGAGCGGAGGGCGUACCGCCGCUUCGGCGACUGGAGCCCCGCGCCGGCUGCGAGCGGAGAGAGUUCUGCUGCUUCGGUGACUGGUGCCCCGCUCCAGCUGCGAGCGGAGGAGGUUCUGCCGCUUCGGCGACUGGAGCCCCGCGCCGGCUGCGAGCGGAGGAGGUUCUGCCGCUUCGGCGACCGGAGCCUCGCGCCGGCUGCGAGCGGAGGAGGUUCUGCCGCUUCGGCGACUGGAGCCCCGCGCCAGCUGCGAGCGGAGGGCGUUCUGCCGCGUCGGUGACUGCGGCCAGCGGGUGGUACCGCGGUGCCCGCCGUGUGUCGUGCCCGCACUCUGUCCAUGUGUACGGUGUUGUGACCCCACGCGCCGCUCGAGUAGCGGCGUGGCCGGCGCAGCCGGCGGCUCGUCGGGCCGAGGGAGGGGCCAGCUGGCGGCGGCUCCUCGGCGGGGCCUUGUGCCUGCGCGAGGUCACGCUAGAGACGCUGUCGUCCGCGGCCGGCCGGGCCCGUGACGUCGCUCUGCUAUGCUUGUGUAAAAUCCGUGAUGUCAUGUGAUAUAUUGAAUUUCGCACUUUGUUUUCCACAUUGGACGAUGUACGCAAACCUCGCGAAAUACACAUAUUUAAAUACGGUCCGAGCUGGGCGUUGCUGUAACAACCCACUCCCAAAACUGAAGGUGUCUUUUUCUUGCCAUUUCGUUCAUCUACCGCGGCAAACCGUUCCAUACGGCUGCCUGUGCCACCAUUUCGAUGAUGAUUCAGGCUUCAGGGCGUGCUGAAUGCCCCGGCCAUAUGGCGCCCGUGUCGCCAUCUCAAAGGCGCAGCUGAUUUAUCUAGUGCACCGAGGCCACUCCUUCCCACUUCAUC